AUGGGGGAGGACAGCCCCGUGGCCAUCGACGCCAUAGCGGCGCUAGGCUACCUGGUGCACAAGGACGCGUCCACCAAGGCGGCCGUGCGGCGGUUGGGGGGCAUCCCGCUGCUGGUGCGCAUGCUGCACGCGGAUGCCCACAAGCCAAUCACCUGUUACGCCACGGCGGCCCUUCACAACUUGGUGGAUGGGAGCACGAGGAACAAGCAGGCUGUGAGGGCAGCUGGGGCCAUACCACGCCUGGUCCUUCUGAUGGAUGGCGAUGCCUCGAAUCCAGUGGUGGAGGUCGCCGUGAGAACGAUCUUCAAGCUGGCAGAGAAGUGCGAAGAAAAUCAGUCGGACAUAAGGCGGGCAAGGGGGCUGGCACGGCUGAUAGAGAUGCAAGCAAAAGGCUGCACAAAGUCCCUGUCGGCUUGGGUUGAGAAAACUCUUCAGACGCUGAAGAUGACAGAUCGCGAAAUGGAGGACGCCAAGGUUUUGUCGUUUCUUGGAAAAAGCUUCCAAAGGGAAUUUGACAAGGUUAGGUCUUCCAAUGACAACCUUCUUUCAGAGGUUGUGAGCUUGAAGGAGUUGGUGAACGGGGUUGUUGGUGACCUCAUGGGACAACUCUCUCAUCAGCAAAACGUCUGGCAGAAACGAAAGAGGACAUCCUCGCCCAGGCUCAAGUGCUAA